CAGAGGCUGUGAUCGGGAUGUUUCUCAGCUCUGCUCGGGAAGGAGCCACCUCGCACUGUUUCAUCUCCGUGUUCCGGACCCUUCAGGAAUAACCUCAUCACUACAGAAAUGUGGAUUCAUUUAACCACUUAAACGCUGAGAUCUGAUGGUUUUUAAAUUAAAUUAAGGAGCGUUUUAAUGCGCAGCUGGAGACAAAACAGCUAGUUAGCUUAGCCGUUAGCCGCCUAGCAUCAAGGCCGUUUUCUCCUCACUUUCUGGCUCUAAAAGCGGGUUAAAAACCACUUCAAGAAGAGGAAGUGUUGGUUUCUUUCCCCACAAGGACUGGGGAGGAUAUGGAGAAGCGGUGUUCAUCUUGCCGAACAUCUGUCACCCUCCACGGGUCUGGGAAGUGAGUUUCCCCGGAGAACAGCUGCCUUCUCUGGCCAGUAUUGACGCCUGCUGCCUCCUUUGGAAACUGGGAAUGCAUCCUCCAGCAGGCAUGUAGAGGAGGGUACACUGGGAUUCACGCAGAACACACCACGGAGGAACUAAUGCAUUGGGUACACUGAGAAGAAAGCAUCAUUUGAGGCUCCUGGAGGUCACUGCUUUCACCUUCCUCUCUGAAAUACUACAUUAAAACGCAUCAAAAGUUGGCUGCAGAAACUGGGGAUGCAUCUUCCAGCAGGCAUGUAGAGGAGGGUACAGUGGGAGUCACGCAGAACACACCACAGAGGAACUAAUGCAUUGGGUACACUGGGGAGAAAGCAUCAUUUCAAACUCCUGGAGGUCACUGCUUCCUGUGUGAACACCUGAAUCCAAACCCAACAGGCAUGUAGAGGAGGAACACCUGGGACCUAACACUGACUUCCCCCUGGGUUCCCUGGAGGAGAAAGCAUGCUUUGAAACUCACUGCUUCUUGUCUGAAAACCUGAAAACAAACCCCCAAAAGUUGCAGAGAUGAACUACCAGCAACACCUGGCCAAUUCGGCCGCGAUCCGGUCCGAGAUCCAGAGGUUUGAGUCCGUGCACCCCAACAUUUACUCCAUCUACGAGCUGCUGGAGAGGGUGGAGGAGCCGCUGCUGCAGAACCAGAUCCGGGAGCAUGUCAUCGCCAUCGAAGAUGCGUUCGUGAACAGUCAGGAGUGGACGCUGAGCCGGGCCGUACCAGAACUCAAAGUGGGCAUUGUGGGUAACCUGGCCAGUGGUAAGUCGGCGCUGGUGCACAGGUAUCUGACGGGGACGUACGUGCAGGAGGAAUCACCUGAAG